CUAUGUCCGCUUAAGCGUACUGGACUUCCGGUAAUGCGCGUUGCCAGUCAGCUGACAGAUGUUCGCCGCUCGUGUUUAUGCGCUGUUCGGAGAUUUUCAAACCACCUGAGGGGUCACAGAUAAAGUGAUAGCGCGUAAAGUGUAUUUCUUCUUGCUAGCACAAUGAGUGCCGGCACUCCUAAAUCUCUGCCGUCGUCGGGGCAGAAAUCUAUCCAGGACAUCAGCCACCCUCUGUGUGAGGAGUCGCUUCUCACACCCAGCCCAGAUGCAGCAAACACCAGCAGCAGCAUCGGCCACAAGGACUUGAGUCUCCCCAAUGGCAAUGCAGUGGACACGUCCAGCCCGGGCUCUUCGUCCUCUCUGCUAAAUCGCUUGCAACUGGAUGACGACAUGGAUGGAGAGACGCGGGAUCUCUUUGUGACCGUGGACGAUCCGAAGAAACACGUGUCCGCCAUGGAGACGUACAUCACAUACAGGGUGUCUACUAAGACUACAAGAACCGAGUUUGACCUCCCCGAGUAUUCAGUACGACGGCGCUAUCAGGACUUUGACUGGCUGAGGAACAAGCUAGAGGACAGCCAACCAACCCACCUUAUUCCACCUCUUCCUGAGAAAUUUGUGAUGAAAGGAGUGGUGGAUCGUUUUUCAGAGGAAUUUGUGGAGACGAGAAGAAAAGCUCUGGAUAAGUUCCUGAAACGGGUCGCUGAUCACCCUGUCCUUUCCUUCAACGAGCACUUCAAUGUUUUCCUGUCUGCCAAGGAUUUGAAUAAAAGGCUAGGCUUAGCUCUGCUGUCCAAGAUGGGCGAGUCUGUGAAGUACGUGACGGGAGGCUACAAGCUGAGAGCACGGCCGGCAGAGUUUGCAGCGAUGGGCGAAUAUUUGGACAUGUUCACACAGAAGCUAGGCACCAUCGACAGGAUAGCACAGAGGAUCAUCAAAGAGCAGUCAGAGUACCUAGUGGAGUUGAGAGAGUACGGGCCGCUUUACUCAUCAUGGGCAUCUUCUGAGCAGGAGCUCCAAGAGCCACUGGACGGCGUGGCAGGCUGCGUGGCUAACUGCUGCAAUGCUCUGGAGGAGCUCACAGAGGACAUGAGUGAUGACUUCCUACCUGUCUUGCGCGAAUACGUCCUCUAUAUUGAGUCCAUGAAGAAUGUUUUGAAGAAGAGGGACCAGGUCCAGGCUGAGUACGAGGCUAAACUGGAGGCUGUAGCAUUUCGUGAGGAAAAGAGGACAACAGUGCCCACAGAUGUGGAGAAAUGCCAGGAUCGGGUGGAAUGCUUCAAUGCUGACCUGAAGGCUGACUGGGAGCGCUGGCAGAACAACAAACGACAAGAUUUCAGACAGCUGCUGACCGGCAUGGCAGACAAAAACAUCCAGUACUAUGAAAAGUGCCUUGCAGCAUGGGAGUCCCUCAUUCCAGUCUUACAGGACAAACAGGAAGCCAAAGCAGAGACGAACUGAGCAUGUGUGUGUGGCUCACCUGCUCUCGGGGUUGUGACCUGCUGAGAUCUGUGUGAGACCAUGGCCCCAUGUCUUCAUGUAUUUUGGCCAUUUGGGGACCAGUAGGUCAGGGGAACGAGACGGGCUUCACAAAAUGCUGUACGAUAUUUUUGUUGCAUUUGGGAUUUUUUUUUUAUUAUUAUUAUUUAUGAAAUCCAAUCCAAGCACCUCGUCCUUCCCUCUGGCCUUCAAAGAACAUGCGAUUUUGUGUUCUACUGAAGCACAGGGAGACAAACCACAGAAUGACCGGGAAGAAAGAGAAAAGAGAAGUAUAACAAGCUACACUUGCCAUUCUCCAGUGAUUUUCUUUUUCCAUAAAUUUCGCUUGCCCUCUUAAUGAUCCACUUUUAUCACUGCCUCAUUGUCAUUGCCGUUGUCCUGCACAUCCUGACCACGAAGAGGCAGGCCGAGGAUCGUCCACAUUCCUCUCACCAAAGUUUAGUGUUUUUUGUUUGUUUUUUUUCUUUGCGUUAUUUCAGGAACACUAUGGAUCUGAUGCUGUGAAAUGGCAUGAGCUCUUAUCUACUUUAUUAUACUUACAAUUUAUGUUUUUGGUUGUUGACUCUAAAUGAAGUUUGCCUCUCAGCCCUACGUGACUCAGAUGCUUUUCAUAAUCACUCCAAAUUGCUGGCCCCAGCUUCACACGAGUUAUUGUGCAUUAAUGUAAAGGUAGCUCUCUAAUAAAGGCUGCUAGGAAUAGGAAAUGCAUUCAGAUCACUCGAGGAGGAAUUUCUUUCCACAGGGAUCUUAUUUCUCAGAAGGACAUAGAACAGUAGAUCCUAAUCCAAUCUUUAGCAUUUAUUAAGUAUUAACACUAAAUAGUACUAAUUAGGAAUUAACUCUGGGAUUUAAACAUGUUGUAUUUAUAUUCUUUUCAGAGCAGGUGUUUGAGAUCUAGGAGUUUUUCUUUUGAAGACUGGAACUUUAAGAUUCGGUGUUUGUUCAGGUAGAAAAAGCUGCUGCGAAGUGAAAAGAGAACUUAAUACUUUUCUUAGCGAUGGUGUUCAUAGGGUUAUGUGACACCUCUACAUCUGUCAUUGUAACUGUUCUAACAUGUCAUAGACCAAACUUAUUUCAGCCGGGACAACAUUUCACUAAGAAAGUUUUUAUGGCUAAUGACUUAAAGAUGUUAUGGAACUUCCUGGGCAGACACAUGUGACUUUGCCUUAGCAGAAGUACAACGAAGUACUAAGUCAUCCGUCACGCCGUUCUAAUGCAAGUCAUAACACAAACUUGUGCCAAUUGGACAAAUGGACAAAGCAAUAUUUAUUAAAGCUUUUGUCAUAAGAUAACCUUAUGUCAAUUGGACAUCAAAAUGGACAACAUUGUCUUGUGCCAGCAAAUGCAUAUUGGUUUAGGCCUUUAUAAAUCUUUAUAUUGCUUUAUAUCAGUUGCCAUAGUGGAUUUAUAUACAUUCGUCGUGUAGCCUUAUUAACACAAGUAAAAUGUUACUGAAAAACGAUAACUUUACUCCAUUUAAGCUCAUUGUUUGUAAUGGUAGAUAACAGUAUGCUCUCAGUGUCAGCCUGUGGAAAACAUUCACCAUCCCCAUGUACACACAGAUUUAUUAGUUAAAGUUUGAAUUAUGCUCGAUUUAGAAAGUUUAUACACACUACAGUUAUAACAGCAGUCUCAAUAUUCUGGGUGACUGUGUACAAGUCUUUUUGUCCAUCUGCUACAACACACCACUGAAUGCUGCAUGUUCUCUGUCUGUCUGUCUGUCUGCUGUCUCUGAGUCUGUUUCUCUCUGUCUCUUUCUCUGUUUGUCUGUCUGUCUGUCUGUCUCUGUGCCUGUUUCUCUGUCUCUCUGUUUCUCUCUCUCUCGCUCUGUCUGUCUUUCUCUCUCUCGCACUCUCUCGCUCUCGCUCUUGCUCUCGCUCUCAGCUGUUAACAGGCCUGCUGUUGUUCAGACCACAAUAAAGCUUUGCUGUUGUAGGUUCUUAUAGAUCCAUGUUCCAUUGUGUGUAUUUUUAAGGGACAACUAAUUCUAUUCAAAUCUGCAAUUGAGAUCAUAACAAUAAUCUUAAGAAUGUGUCUUAAGAAAUUGCACUCAUCUCAUUGGAAAGUGCUUUAAAGCCAUGCCACCUUUUUUGUUUCAUUUGUCAACAUGAUUUUGUAAGACAUCAUUUACAAACAUUUACAUUUGGAAAUGUUUUAUAAUAUUAUUCCAGAUUUCUAGGUUAAGCAUGAAUACAAGGGAACUGUAUGUUAGACGGAAACGUGCAGCUUUGGCGCCAUCUGCUGGGUGAUAAACUUGUUGUUUACUACUUUGCUAUAUGAACGGCUCUGAAAGGAAAACUCCAUCCUGAAACACACUGAAUAUGUUUAUAGUAAAUUUUGUGUGAUGUACACAGCUGUUCUGGUGCCAGUUUGAUGAUUUAGUUGUAUUCUUGUUAUUCGUAUGAGAGGUUUCUUAAACACCAGUGGUAAAGGCCAGGUUUUGUUGUGUUAUCUAGAAACAUAAGAGCAAGAGCUUCUUUGCUCACUCUCAUUAAGUGCAUUGGAGACAAACAAAUGUUAGACUCAAAGCCUUGUGCUGAAUCAUGGCUAAUGUUUGUAAUGAUGGCAGAAUUAGAAUGAAUGUCAAAUACAUUUUAAUUGCCACCAAGGAUCAUAAAUUUAUUAAAACGAUUGAUAUUCAAGCUGUUCAAGGUGGAAUUUUCCUUUAUGCUCAAAGGUUUGAUCAGUGGAAUUGAAAUCAUUAUGUGAAAAUAACUGAGACACAACCUGAAGUGUGUGCAUGUUUUUUUAUUGUGCAAUAUAAACGUCCUAGUUUCCACUCAUUACCAAAUACUUCUGCUUUCUCUUAAUCUCUAACGGUUCUGCAAAGCAUUUAUGUGAUAAUUAAGGCAGCUACACUACACUGAGUCCUGUGUGACUUUGUGAAAGUUAAUUUUUUGGGGGAUUAAUACUUUAGGUCUAUGUAAAUGAACCAAUUGAAUGGAUCUUUUAUCAUUCUGGAUGGACACAUGGGCAAAUAAGUUCAUCAGGUUUCAUUAGCAACAAUUAUUUUUUUUUUUAUUGUAUGAAUCCUUUUCUCCUUUGAGUCCGAUGGCAGGGAGGUGUGUUUGUAAAUAGCAUUUGUCAGUCUGACUUUUUUGUAAUGUCUAAAUGAAACUGCUUUGUAAAGCUGGCUUCUGUUUCAGAUAGUCAGCAAGUCUGUGCGAGGCUGAGAAGUUCAAUAUGGCGGUGAAUAUUUUGUAAUAUUAAUAUAAUUUAUAGACCAAAAAGGUUUGUAGCCCUCAGUUCUCCCCUAAUUUUUCCUUUGUGUGAAUUGUUUACUGUAAACUUAAUGUAAAUGUCACUGUUUCAAUUGCAGGAAAAUGACAUUGAUGUUUUGAAACUAUAUCUUUACCGAACAUAUUUUAAACAUUGAACCAAUUAAAAAGGAUUGCGUUAAUG